CAGAAUUUCUUACUUCUUAUCUGAUUAAUGUUGAUCUCGUCAAACACUGAGUAUUGAUUCUUCAGACAAAAACUCAACUACAUUUUUCUUUUUCUCUGAAUCAUGGGACUCAGGCAUCUUCACCUGAAGAUCAAGCGAAUUAAGCUAAGGAGAUUUUUGCCUGGAAAUGGGAGAAGGACGACAAGAGAAACAAAGAAUGGGAAGAGGGUAUCAUGGAUGACGCAUGUCUCCUAUGGAUAUCAUGUUGCGGAAUUGGAUGAACCAUGCACAAAUAGUAGUAGCGUAAGAGACUUUGAUUCAUCCGUUCUGGUGCAGAGGGAACAAAUGGAAGAGUGUGAACUGUGGUUUUUUGGAGUUUUCGACGACGGGAUUGGUGAGGGAAUCACUAAGUACCUGCAGUCACAUUUCUUUGACAAGACCAUGCCUAAAGAGUUGCGAAUGGGCAAGAAAAGCAAGGAAGCCAUGGAAAGGGCUCAUUUAAAUGCAAGAACACAUCUCAGAGAUAGAAAUGAGCCGGAGGAGACAGCCUGGAAAUUAGGCUCGGCUUCAGCUAUGGUGAUCAAUGGUGAGAAGCUUGUGAUGGCAUACAUGGGUGACUACAGUGGUGUGAUAUGCAGAGAUGGUCAGGCCUAUCAAAUUAGCAGGAGAAAGCCCCAUCCCACCAUGCAACAUUGGUCCCUCAAACUUAUUUCAGGCAUGCAUAUUUACAUACUUGUGUUCAUUAUUUGUGCUCUACGUGUGCCCAAAUUACACAUACUAGGUGGUGGCUCCAGGACUACAUCUGGCACAAAGAGUUCAAAAGGCUCAGAACUAAUUGUAGGAUCUGAAAGAAUAGAUUCUGAAACUGAAUUUGUUAUUCUAGCAAGUACUGGAGUUUGGGAGGUAAUGAGGCACCAAGAGGCAGUAAACCUGAUAAGGCACAUUGAAGACCCACAGGCAGCUGCUGAAUGCUUGGUGACUGAAGCUUUAACUAGAAUGAGCAGAAGCAAAAUCUCUUGCUUAAUAAUACGGUUCGAUUAGUAUAGCUUAUGCUACUUGUUUACAUGCACGUUACCCAUACAGGACUUAUAAUAUUGGUUAUUGACAAUUCAGAUUAGAUUUUCCAAGAGCUUAUAUGUGUUCUACUAUGCAAUUUCAACUGUUAAUUUAAUGUUGAACUACACCUCAGAUAUCAUCUAUCGUGCUGUGGGGAAGUUUGUUUGGAGUUCUAACCCCACCUGUUGACAGCUCUCAUGGAAAGAACUCAAGACAUCUACAGUCUGUUGACAGUUCACGUCAAAUUAGAUCAAAGUCAUAUUCUUGCUGAAAAAGAAAAGACUUUACUAUUAGUUAUCAGGGGAAGUUGGGGCUCACCACCUGAGCAUAGUGUGGAUAUUUUUAAUGGGGAAUACUGAUGCAAAUGUGAUCAUAAAUAGUGCAUGACACUGAAAUGUAAGUACAAACUAAUGCAACUAUCAAAACAGUGAAUCAUGCAAUUAUCCAAAAGUAGCUCAAAACUAAUCAAGUGAGAGCUGUGGUAGAAAAAAAUUGCAUGCUCGAGUAUAUUUGGUCGAAGAUGAAUCUUUCUAAUUAGCUGAAAUUAUUAUAUAGCAAGAACUG